AUGGAAGCAGAGGUUCAAGCUUUAGAAGAGCUUUCAAAGCAGCUAUUUUUGGAAAUAUAUGAGCUUCGCCAAGCUAAGGUCAAAUGGUGGCUUUUGGAUAUCUCGAUUGAGAAGGCAGCUGCUUUUUCUCGAACUUGGAGGGGUCACAUGCAGAAUUUACUUGGCUAUGCAUGUUCUGUCUAUUGUGUGUACAAAAUGAUUAAGUCUUUGCAAAGUGUUAUUUUCAAGGAGGCUGGCUCAGUUGAUCCUGUGACAAGGACUAUCAGCAUAUUUUUGCAGUUUUUUGACAUAGGAAUUAAUGCUGCAUUAUUAUCACAGUUCUUCUUUGCCGUUUCCAGAGUUGGGAGUGGAUCUUCAAGCAACGUUGUACUUUUUUUGUCUGAAAUUAUGGGAAUGUACUUUGUUUCUUCUAUUCUUUUGAUAAGGAAAAGCUUAGCAACUGAGUACAGGAUAAUCAUAACCGAUGUCUUGGGUGGAGAAAUUCAGUUCGACUUUUAUCACCGGUGGUUUGAUGCAAUCUUUGUAGCAAGUGCUUUCCUUUCUUUGCUUUUGCUUUCUGCACAUUACACAUCUCGCCAGGCUGAUAAGCACCCAAUUGAUUGA